UUACAAUAUUUUCUCUCACUAAAUAUCUGAUUGUGAAAAAAAAAAAAACCUCUUCUUUUCUCUUUCUCCUCUACUGUUAAAGUUCGAGCUGUUCUACUUCAGUUACACUCAAAAGAAUCAUUCACAGUUUUUUUGAAGAAAUAAAUUAAUUCUUUUCUUCAGCUGAAAUAAUUCAGAGAAUUGACGAACUCCUCAAGCUUGUAUAUGUCUAUAUGGUUUCAGUUACAGAUCACUUUGAGCUCUGCAUAAUUCUAUUGAAUUAGUGUUUGCGAAGUGGAGAUCUUGUUGAAAGGUUGUUUAAGCAGUGAUCCAGUUCACUGAAAAAUAAAAUGGCGCAGAGUAAUUGGGAAGCUGAUAAGAUGCUUGAUGUUUAUAUUCAUGACUAUUUGUUGAAAAGAAAGUUGCAUGCUUCUGCGAAAGCUUUUAUGACUGAAGGAAAGGUUGCAACAGAUCCAGUAGCAAUUGAUGCGCCAGGAGGAUUUCUUUUUGAGUGGUGGUCUGUCUUUUGGGACAUAUUUAUUGCAAGGACAAAUGAGAAACAUUCUGAGGCUGCUGCAGCUUACAUAGAGGCACAACAAAUUAAAGCAAGAGAACAACAGCAACUACAAAUGCAGCAGCUGCAACUAAUGCAGCACCGCAAUGUGCAGUUGCAGCGAAGGGACUCGAAUCAUCCUGCUCUCGGUGGUUCUGUAAAUGCUAUGAACUCUGAAGGAAUGAUGGGACAGCCAUCAACCAGUGUAUUGGCCAUGAAAAUGUAUGAAGAAAGUGUGAAACACACUCAUUCUGUGGAUUCAGAGACAUCAUCAGCGCUGAUUGAUGCCAAUAGGAUGGCCCUACUGAAAACACAGGCCAAUCAUCAAGGCCAGCUGGUACAAGGUAGCCCUGGAAAUAUGUCAGCAGCCUUGCAACAAAUCCAGUCACGAACACCGCUGAGCACCGAUAUCAAAAGUGAAGUUAAUUUGGGUGGAAGUCAAAAAAGCUUACCUAUGGAUCCCUCAUCCAUCUAUGGGCCAGCAAUUUUACAACCUAAAUCUGGACUUGGUGGUGCUGGGCUGAAUCAGGGUGUCUCAGGUCUCCCCUUAAGGGGUUGGCCUCUAACUGGAAUUGAUCAGUUACGGCCAAGUUUGGGUUUACAAAUGCAGAAGCCUAAUCUGCAGACUCAAAAUCAAAUCCUUUUGGCAUCACAACAACAGCACAUGUUGGCACAAGCUCAGUUACAAGGCAACCUUGGAAAUUCAACAAACUUUGGGGACACUGAUCCUCGUAGGUUUGGUCAAUUGUCUAGGGGUAACUUGAAUGCAAAAGAUGGUCAAUCUGGUAGAAACGAUGGAUCCAUAUGCUCCCCUGUGCAAUCAAGUUCUCCAAAGAUGAAGAUGGGUCAAAUGUCACAUUCUUCCUCUCAACAACAGGACCAAUUGCAACAGCAGCAGCAGCAGUCGCAGCAAGUGCUACAGAAUAACAGAAAAAGGAAACAACACUCUUCUUCUGGAGCAGCUAACAGCACUGGCACAGGAAACACAGUUGGCCCUUCACCAAAUUCACCACCGUCAACUCACACACCUGGUGAUGCAAUAACUACUGCAACCAGUUUGCAGCAUGUUAAUAGUGUUUCUAAAAGCAUGAUAUAUGGUGCAGAUGCAACAGCUGGUCUUACAUCAUCUUCCAAUAUGUUGGAAGACAUAGACAGGUUUGAUCCAUUGGAUGAAAAUAUGGAGACACUACUUUCACAUGAUGGAGGUGAUGGAAGGGACAUCUAUGGAACUGUUAAACAAAGUCCUAGUGAGCACCAAAAGGAGUCUGCUAAAGGCUUUACUUUUGCUGAGUUUGGUUGUAUACAGACCAGAAAUAGCAAAGUUACUUGCUGUCAUUUUUCUUCUGAUGGGAAGUUGCUGGCUAGUGCUGGGCAUGACAAGAAGGUGGUUCUUUGGAAUAUGGAUACCCUGCAAACAGAGAGUACUCCAGAAGAACACAAAUUGAUUAUUACAGAUGUACGCUUUAGGCCAAAUUCAUCUCAGUUGGCAACAGCUUCUGUUGAUAAAUCUGUGCGAUUAUGGGAUGCAGCCAAUCCAAGCUUUUGUGUGCAAGCAUACAAUGGCCACACUUCACCUGUGAUGUCCCUUGAUUUCCACCCGAAGAAGACUGACCUGUUUUGCUUUUGUGAUAAUGACAACGAAAUUCGCUAUUGGAAUCUUAAUACAUUCUUAUGCACACGCAUGACCAAGGGAGGUACAGCCCAAGUGAGAUUUCAACCAAGAAUUGGACAUUUGCUAGCUGCAGUGUCAGAUAAAGUAGUGUCUAUCUUUGAUGUUGAAUCUGAUAGGCAAACAUUAUCGUUUCAGGGGCAUUCAGAGAUGGUAAACUAUAUAUGCUGGGAUGCGAAUGGAGAUUAUUUGGCAUCUGUGAGUCACAGCUUGGUAAAAGUAUGGUCAGUGGCUUCAGGGGAGUGCAUUCAAGAACUCAGUUCUGGUGGGAACCAGUUCCACUCUUGUGUUUUUCAUCCAAGUUAUUCAACUCUUCUGGUGAUUGGAGGAAUUUCGUCCUUGGAGCUCUGGAACAUGGCCGAGAAUAAGAGCAUGACAAUUCCAGCUCAUGAGAACAUAGUUUCAGCGUUGGCGCAGUCGCCUGUCACAGGAAUGGUUGCAUCGGCAAGUCAUGACAGCUCUGUUAAGCUAUGGAAAUAAACCUUAGAAACGUGAUAAAAUGGAAUACCUUGGGAGCAAAAAGCACUGCUUCCGGUCCCACGGAAAUUGGGGAAGAAAGUAAGGUCAAAAUGGUAAUUACGAAGCGUGGAAGCUGUGUUUCAGUUGUAGCUGUAUAAAUAAAUACAUAAAGUGUGUAAUUUAUUUUGCGUAUUCUUGGUGAGUUUAGCUUGUGGGCUUAGGGUGAGAAUGGUAGCAUAAUAUUCCUAUUCAUAACACCAUGGUCAGAUCCUUUUGUCAGUAUUCUACGUAAGGUACCUCGAUGUUUUUCCAUUACUGAUAAAAGGACUGAUUUCCCAAUUAUUAAAAUGUUAUUGAGUUGGUGGUGCGAUUGUAAGUAGCAGGUCACAGUCAAGACGAUGUGUGAAAUACAGAUGAAAUUCCAGCCAAA